CAUCAUUUGGUGUCCCUCAACAGUAGACGUCUAUUCAUCAGCCAUUUGGUUCAUGGAGAUUGGGCUACCUCUACAGCGCAGACAGCACAGGGGACUGGAGCGCAUUUCACACAUGAUUACGUUCAUACGUUGACUAAUUUCAGUCAUCCACUCGGCACUGAAUAAACAGCACCGCCCCAAUCUCCCCUUGGUUGUUUGUUUUAAGUGAAGAGCGAUCCAUCGCAGAGCGCCGGGCUCGAUUGACACUGUCUGAUGAUCUGCUACUGCGGCUGGCUCAGAAUAACAAGGCUGCUCGCUAAUACCCGUCUAUCGGGGCUUUCGCCAAAACACCGAGCGAAUAGGAUCCAAAAAAGCCAACAAGGCAAGCAAGAACGCCGCGCCGCCGAAGUCCGCACCACAGGAUGGCUUCGGGAGACCUUUACGAGGUGGAGCGGAUCAUGGACAAGCGGCGCAACAAGAAGGGCAAGUGGGAGUACCUGAUCCGGUGGAAGGGUUACGGCAGCAAGGAGGACACCUGGGAGCCCGAGCACCACCUGCUGCACUGUGAGGAGUUCAUCGACGGCCUGCAUCUGCACACCCAACACAAACAACCCAAACCCCCUAAACUGCCCCCCGGGACGGCUGGGGGACCAGGGAGGCCAGGAGGGCCACCAGGGGGAGUUGGACCACACCUCCUAUCCGCCCGUCCUCCCGCCCCAGACACCCCGAGAGCACGAGCAGAGGCACGUAAGAAGAAAAGGACUGGUGUUAGUCCAGGGGCCGGGGUUAAUCCUGGGGCAGGAGUAAGGGAGGGCAUGCAUUUGGGGGUUGGUACUGGAGCUUCUCAGAAGCAGAAGAAGGUGAGCGGAGGAGGAGGAGGGGGGGGGAAGCAUGUCUCUCCACACAGGAUGACCAAAGCUAUGCCGUAUAAGGCUCCUCCGGGGGGACUGCAGUUUGUGCCCCCGGUAAGGGCCCCUCAUAACGGACUACAGAACGGAGAGAUGGACCCUGUCCUGUACAGGGCAGCAGCCAGGACACACAGACUGACCCAUGACACGGUAGAGAGGGUGAUGGGGGGUGUGGAGACCACCGGGACACCACUGGUCAAUGAACUAGGCUCCACACUCUCCAACGGUGAGGUGAAUCUGCACAGCUCUGUGAAGAGGAAGCUUGGAGAGGACAAAGGCUACGUUUUCGACAAGCGGCUGAGGUACAACGUGCGGCAGAACGAGACCAACUGUCGAUUCCGUGACAUUGUCGUCAGGAAGGAGGAGGGCUUCACGCACGUGCUGCUCUCCAGCCAGACGUCUGACAACAACGCACUAACACCAGAGAUAAUGAAGGAGGUGUGUCGGGCUCUGGGGAACGCAGCAGCUGAUGACAGUAAGCUGUUGCUGCUCAGUGCUGUGGGGAGUAUCUUCUGUAGUGGCCUGGACCCGUCCUACCUGAUAGGACGCCUCUCCACAGACCGCAGGAAAGAGAGCAGCCGCAUUGCUGACGCUGUACGGGACUUUGUGCUGGCGUUUAUCCACUUUAAGAAGCCCAUCGUGGUGGCCAUCAACGGGCCUGCCCUGGGCCUGGGGGCCGCUAUCCUGCCCCUAUGUGACGUGGUGUGGGCCAGCGAGCGGGCCUGGUUCCAAACGCCCUGUGCUGCCCUCCGCCUCACCCCCUCCGGCUGCUCCUCCUACACCUUCCCCCAGAUCCUGGGAGUGGCUCUGACCAAUGAGAUGCUGUUCUGCGGGAGGAAGCUCACAGCACAGGAAGCCUGCAGCCGGGGCCUGGUGUCCCAGGUCUUCUGGCCAACCACGUUCAACCAGGAAGUGAUGCUGCGUGUGAAAGAGAUGUCCACCUGCAGUGCUAUGGUUCUGGAAGAGUCCAAAUGCCUGGUGCGGAGCAUUCUGAAGUCGGUCCUGGAGGAGGUGAAUGAGAAAGAGUGUCAAAUGCUCAAACAGCUGUGGUGCUCCACCAAGGGACUGGAGGCGCUCUUCAGCUACCUGCAGAGCAAGGUGUAUGAUAACUGACCUCUCACCUCCACACACCUGCAGAACUAUCUAUGGGCCACGAGAUCUGGUCUUCAGUUACCUACUGAGCAACAUCCCUGAAGAAAUAGGGCUUUGAUCUUCAAUUACCAACAGUCUUCUUUAACAACCAGCAGAACGCAGUUUGCCAGUCUCCGAGGCCUUAUCUCCUCUCAUCAACAUCUGGGCCUGCAGAGCACCACCAUCAAUGUUUGUUUUACUUUGGUCAUCCCUCAACGUCCCUGCCUGUAAGAUGAGCAGAGCAUCAACUUCUGGAGAGGAUUCAUCUGUAGGAUUCAUUCUGCAUUCAUACUGGCCUGCUUGGAGUUCAGUUAACCCCUUCCAGAGGAAGCAUUGACCUGGAACAGGAAGUCAUGACAGUGAACAAGGCUCUUCAGGAAAAUGGAGGCACAGCGGUGGUGUGAGUGCAUGGAGGCAAAAGAGCUCAUCUGAUGGCUAAUGUCAUUGUUCAGUUAUUUAUUUGAAAAUGUAUUUAGAUUUGAUCCUAAAUACAAAUGUGUAUAUAUUUUUGUUUUUUUUGUUUUCUUUGUGUCUUGCUUUAGUCUUUCUGUUUUGAGGUGAAGUGUCCUCCUGGGCUCUGAGGUGUAGUGAAAAUCAAAGCUAUGCUUGAGGUCAGAGUGGAACAUAUAUCUUCUCACUUUACAAUGCAGUAACCCUGGCCAAAGAAGUAAAUAAUAAUUGAAGUGAAACCUGUCCAUUGAAUUAGGUGUGGUGUAAUAGGAGGGCCACUGGGGAAGAGUUAGAGGUAGGUAAUGCCCAAUGAUACACACCCAUAAGUGGGAAGUCACUGUGAAUGGGCAGUGUUGACAGUGAACUCUUUCUGGAUUUAUAUAGGUUGUUUUGCGAUGCUCUUUUGGAAGUGUUUAUUCAAUUGCAUGUAUUUGGUUUGUCAGUAAGGGUGUUUGACCUCUGAUUGAAUGUGAAUGUGUAGAAGGGCCCUCUUUGACCACGACCAACACUCCCAUAGAGAACCAGAGCUGUCUGAUUCCAUCUUUUCAUUAGAAUGUGGAGACUGUCGAUAGAUCAACAGGAGACCUCUCCCUGGGAAAGGGAGGAAAGAGAGAGAGAGUAAGAGGGUGAGGCGUGUGUCAUCAUUAUUAUAUCAGCAGCAACAUGUGCAGCGUCAUCAUUAUCUUCAAGGUACAUAUAUGACAUGUAUUACAGUGCAAAGGUAUAGCGGGAGGGGUUUGCUUUACUCUUCUGUGUUGACUAACCUUGCCUGAGACCUGAAGACUUCUUUUGGCUCCCAGAGCUAAUGCCCGGCCUUUAGCUCAGAGGGCUACGGCAGUCUUGAAUCGUGAAGACGACCAGGGUUUGAUACCCCGUUGAUUAUAAAGGCAUGUAUAUUACAUUGUGAAACGUGUAGCUAUGGUAUUUGGACAGAUAAUUAUUUUGAUAUUACCUUGCAAUUGGUUAUUAGUGAGACAUUGUGUAUUUUUGUAAAGCACAGAAAGAUUAUGUUUUGUUCCAAAGUAAUCACUGCACUUUUCGUCUGUUGGCUGUCUGUGUUGUGAAGAUGCAGUAGUAGUGCAGCUGAAGCAGAUAAUACCUGCAUGUGAUGAUGGCUUCAGGAAAUGGGAAAUGUAUAUCUACAUAUAUUGUAUGUAUGGAUAUCUAUUUUUGGUUUACCCAAUAAUGAAAUGUAGUUUUGUGGAAAUUGUUUUGUAUCAUUCAGGAAGUGGUGGAUAUUUGCAGUUGUACACAUAUAUGAACCAUGUAGGUGUUAUAUGGUGUAACUAUAUGCAUGUACAAUAUUGCAGAUAUGUGUGUUGCCUGUCAAAAUACUUUACAUUUCAGGGUAUGUUUUGUAUUGCCAUAGUAAGCAAUGUUAGAAAUCUUGCACAAUCAUUAUUUGUAUUUAUUUAAAGUUAGUGCUCAAGUUCCCCUUGGGGUGGCAUAAUGUUUCCCUUUCCCCAGAGGCAUCUCUUUCUCUCUUAUCUUCUGUUCCAGAUAUUCUCAGUAAAUUGCUUUUUUUCCCUAGAUCUGGCCUGUGUGAUAGUGGUGACGCAACAGACACACAAAAAAUGGUUACAUGUAGCAUCAUUAUUUUUAAAGGCUGUUGAUACCCACUUUAUGCCAAACCCUGAAACAGUAAUAUUGCUAUUGACAGCACUGACAAAUCAAAGCUCUAUCAAUUUCUAAUCAACCAUUCCCAAUUAUAUUUGAAUAACAAUUUCCCUAAUUGAUGUAUUAUUUACGUGUUGAUCAGUAUAUUGCUAAAGUAUAGUGUAAGAUGAAAUGUAUAUUAAUAUAUUCAAGAUUUGAGUUUUGCCUGUAUCUCUCCCCAACCUGGUCUCGGAGCAUUUUGUCUUAUGCUGUACGUAAAUUCAUACACUCCAUUUAGUAUGAUUUGUUACUUCCGUAUGGUAUGUAUUCAUUUGUGGAUGUUACAAAUUUGCAAAAUGUACAAUAUAUUACGAUUUGCUAAACGUAUGAUAUUUUACCAAUUCUAGCUAGGUGGGUAACAUUAGCUAUCUGGCUAAUGUUAGCUGGGGUUAGGGGUUAGUAUUAAGGUUAGGGUUAUGUUUAGGAGUUAGGUUAAAGGGUUAAGGAUAGGGAAGGGUUAGCUAACGUGCUAAGUAGUUGCAAACUAGCUAAACAUUUGCAAGUAUAGUUACUAAUUAGCUAAACUUGGUCAUGAUGAGAUUCGAACUCGCAACCUUUAGGUUGCUAGACGUUCACGUUUUACACCAACCCAUCCACCCCAAACCAACUAAUUUUUGCCUUAAGUAACCAUCUGUCUAUUCUAACCAUAAAAAAACGUAAAAUAUCAUACUACUUUGUAUCUUGGUUUACAUUUACUUUGUUACGUAUAGUCUGAGACCAGGCUGCUCUCCCAGAACCCAAAUAGAGAGACAUUGUGUUUGAAUUAUGCAUUUGAAUAAUUUGAAGUAAAACUUGUAUAAUUAAUUUGUUGAGGACUUACCCUUGAAUAUUAUGACCGGCCCUGUAAGCCAUGUGUUUAGGUUUGGUUUGUAAACUCCUAUCAUCUCUUUCUCUAGUCUAAAAUCACACCUCGGGGUGCCUUAGAAGUUGUAUCUUUUGUCUGUAGGAUGCUGUAUCCAUACGUUGUGAGAGUUUGGGGGUCAAGCUGCUUUGAAUAAAUUAUGACAUUAAUUUAAA